AUGGGGAGGACAUCAAAUGAUACGAAGAAUGUUUACAUUGCAUCCAAGAAAGGUGCAAGCAUGAAUAUAUCAACAUCCCAAGAUCUUGACAACUCCUUAAAACGGCAGAUAGACAGAACGGUUAGUAUAGCGUCAAGUCAGCAUAUGAUUUUUCCACCUCAAUUGGAACUUAACAAGUUUAAGAGAGAAUUGAAGUCAGUAUUCAUAGAAACAUUUGGCGAUUCUUUUGUCGUAAGUCUGGAUAAUAUGAAAUGGUAUGCUGGAAGCUUAGGACUUAUACCAAUACAUAAACUGUCUACCUAUUAUGUGGUUAUAUCGACAGAGCCUUCGAGUUCUUUUAGCAGUCAGUUUGCUUUGGCUGCUAUUAAAAACAAUACAUCGGUUUCAAUAACUUUUAAGAUGAAACAAAACAUUCCUCUCUAUAUCCAUGGAAACUCCUUUUUGAAUGGUGAUGCAUACACUCUAACACUUGACCGAUUUGAAACAUAUCAAAUUGCCCAUGGAACGGAUUUGACAGGAACCGUUGUUCAAUCUUCAAAACCUAUCGCAGUAUUUUCAGGAAAUGAUUGUAAUUGGCUUGAAAAUAUAGGUUAUUGUGAUCCCCUCAUUGAGCAGGUUAUUCCAACAGCAAAGCUAGAUAACACGUACAUUGUACCUCCGAAUCCAAAUGACCGAAACACUAAAGUUCUUAUCACUGCGGUAGAUCAGAGUAAUAUUUCCUACACAGUGGAUCAAACAUCUCACACUGUUUCAUUGAACAAACUGGAUUCUUUUGAUAUAAUAAUUUCUAGCAGGCAAACGUGUGUGAUUGAAUCAAACACAACAAUUAUCGUUACAAGUUUUGGCCUUUCAUCUCAGAUAUCUGAUAUGGGCGAUCCUUCAAUGACAAACAUACCUGGUGUUCAUCAGUAUAUUGAUUACUACAAAACAAUCGUGCCAUACGGGUUCAAUUAUAGUUAUGUGACCGUGAUUAUGAAACAAUCUUUAAAAGAUUCCAUCCGUAUUAACAACACAGCAAUAAACAGAAGCAAUGUUGUAUUUGAAGAAAAUGUAUCAGCCAUGAAAUUAUCAUACAAUGUGAGGUCCAUAAAAGUAGAGGCAGGGGAGGUUACCAUAUCUACGGUCGGCGGGGAGAAGUUUGGACUCAUGUUCUCCGGAGUUAAAGCCUGGGCUGCCUAUGGUUUCUCUGCAUUCAAUCUGUGAAACUAUAAUAUAGUAAAACCUACCUACUCCGGCUUAUACCGAGUCUGCAACAUAUUUUUCAAGAACAGAUUAAAUGCGACUUAAAACAGAUUAAAUGCGACUUAAGAAACGGCAAUACCUUUCUAAUACAGAGUUCUAUUAUAAACAUGGAAGCAAACGUUAAUGUAUCAUUUCAUACAAACGCUACACAACUUACUUUUGACUGUGUAAAUAGUCAUAUUUUAGCUUUUAAGUAUUAUUUAUGUUUAAAGAA